UCUCUCUCCCUCUGCCUGUCUGUCUGUCUGUCUGUCUCUCUCCCUCUGUCUGCCUGUCUGUCUGCCUGUCUGCCUCUGCAGGGGACCAUGUGAUGGACGGUGGGAGCGAGGGGGUGGAUCAGACUUUGCCCCUGCCGGUCGAUAGAGGAGCAACUGGCAGCGUCUUCCUGACUUGACCAGCGAUGUGGCAGAGACUCGUCUUCACGCUGCUCUUCGUCGUGUGCUGCUGCCGCCCGGCGACAGUGUUUGUGGACCCAGACCGGGCCCACGGCGUCCUGGUCCGGACGCGCAGGUUCAACUCUGGCUGGUUGGAGGAGCUGCAGAUGGGCGAUCUGAGGCGGGAGUGUCUGGAGGAGACGUGUUCGUACGAGGAGGCCCGCGAGGUCUUCGAGCACACGGAGACCACGGACGAGUUUUGGAAAACGUACAACGUGGCAGACAGCUGUAAGUCCAACCCCUGUGUGAACGGCGGCAGCUGCUCCGCACAGGAUUCGUCCUACACCUGUUUCUGUUUGCCGCAGUUCAGUGGACUCACCUGUGAACUCGAGCUGCUGGCCGUCUCCAACACCUGCCUGCUGGAGAACGGAGGCUGUGAACAUUUCUGUGACGAUGACGAGGAAGGACGAAGAAUAAACUGCUCGUGUGCUGACGGCUACUUCCUGGACGCUGACGGGUGGAGCUGCGUCGCAGAAGGGUCACUAGCCUGCGGCAUGGUGCCCGUCCUGCAGGGCGGCGACAAAGAGCAGCAGCUCGACUCUCGAGCUCGAAUCGUCGGAGGGACAGAAUGUCCCAAAGGGGAAUGUCCCUGGCAGGUUCUGCUGGUUUAUAAAGGAAAGGGUUUCUGUGGAGGAGUGAUCUACAAACCCACCUGGAUCCUCACGGCGUCUCACUGCCUGGAGGACACCGAGGUCCGGUUCCUGCAGGUGGUCGCAGGCGAACACAACACGGUGGAGGACGAGGGCACGGAGCAGCUGGUCCAGGUGGUCGAGAUCAUCAUGCACGAGAAGUACGUCCCUCGCACGGCCGACAACGACAUCGCCCUCCUCCGCCUGGCGGCGCCCAUCGUCUACACGCCGUACGCCGUCCCCGCCUGCCUGCCGACGCGCCCGCUGGCCGAGCGCGGCCUCUGGGCCGUCAGCCUGCACACGGUGAGCGGCUGGGGGAGGAGGGGCGAGCUCGGGCCCACCUCGCACAUCCUGCGGCGCCUGAAGGUGCCGCGCAUCCGGACGCAGCAGUGCGUGGAGGACAGCGGCGUGACGCUCACGGACAACAUGUUCUGCGCUGGAUACAUCGAGGGCCUGCAGGACUCGUGUAAGGGCGACAGCGGCGGGCCCCUGGUGACGUGCUACAAGAAGACCAACUUCCUGCUGGGCAUCGUCAGCUGGGGGAAGGGCUGCGCCCGACCAGGCAACUACGGGAUCUACACCCGAGUGUCCAACUACCUGGACUGGAUCCACAACCACACGGCGACGACGGGCCGGACCGGGAACGUCACGGAGGCGUCGCUGCACAACCUGACCACCUGAGGGUCAGAGGUCACGCGAGCUGUGGUCGCCUCCAUCCAGCUGUUUCAUAAUCACAUGGUCGUUCCAAUCGUUUUUCAGGUCAAAGGUCACGUGUUUCAAACUAAACACGUGACCUCCUGAUCUCAUGAAUCAGGAGUUUUAAAUUAAUAAAAUCAUCUUUUAAACCUUUGAACUGUUCACUUAUUGACAUUUAUAGUUUUUAAAAUCAUAUUUGUGUUUGAUUUUAUCUUUGUGUGUGUGUUUGUGUGUGUGUGUGUGUGUGUGUGAACACAGUGUUCCAUGUUUCAGGAUCAGGAGCUGUUUAUUAAAAGUGUAGUUCACUUUGUUGAUGGUUAAUAAAUCAUUUCAUCACUUCAAAUACAAUAGU